GAGCCGAGCGGAGCCGCGCGGAGCGGAACGGAGCAUGGAGGGCCUCUCCCGGGGGGGGCACCGCUGCCCUCCCCUACCCCUGGCCAUGGGGCUGUGCUGCUGCCUGCUGCUGCCGCCCGCUGCCGGCUCCUGGAGCGUGCAGCCCCGCAGCAAUUGGUGCUCCUACAUGGUGACAAGGACGGUGACGUGCCUGGUGCAGAACGGCACCUCCCUGCAGCGUGUCUUCCAGGGCUGCCGCUGGCCGCCGGGCUGCGGUGGGGGCAGCAGCUACCGCACCGUCAUCCGGCCCGCGUAUCGGGUGGCCUACAGGACGCUGACGGCGCUGGAGUGGAAGUGCUGCCCUGGGCACAGUGGGGCCAACUGCGAGGAAGAGCCCCACACCUUCCUCGCUCUGCGUGAUGCUGCACGCCCCAGCACCGCCCCACGCCGCUCUCCCCUGCGCCCCACGGCUUUCUCAGGGUGUCUGAACUGCAGCCACGUCGGGGAGCUGUCAGCACGCCUGGCCACCCUCGAGGCACAGGUGGCCCGGCUCUCAAUGGCAGAAGCCCCCAUGUCCCCAAAGCCCAAAGGGGACAGCUUGGGUAGGGGUCCCAACACCGGGCAGCUCUGGGGGUCCCCGGCCGCGCAGGGGAGCCCAGGGGACGAAGGCAGACCUGGUUCACAGGGACCCCCCGGCCCCUCCGGUCCCAAGGGUGAUGCAGGAGGACGGGGACCCUCAGGCAUUCCCGGGGUGAAGGGUCCAUCGGGACCCCCAGGUCCCCCAGGUCCCCCCGGUCCCCCUGGCCACGAUGGAGCCAGGGGUCUCCCUGGAGAAAAGGGGUUGCCUGGCCCCCCCGGUCCCCCCGGGCCUCCUGCUCCCGUGGGGCCAGCCGUACCCUGGUUGACUGACCCAAGGGACCCGCUCCUCUCCAACACCUUCACCGAAGCAGCCGGGGGCAUCGUGGGGCCCGCUGGCCCCCCUGGGCCCAUGGGGCCGAUGGGACCCCCCGGCCCCCCAGGACCCAUGGGGCUGCCCGGCCCCCCGGGGCCUGAUGGGAGAACUGGGGCACCUGGAGCUGCCGGUCCCCGGGGAGACAAAGGUGACAGGGGCCCCAAGGGAGAGCCAGGCAGCCGUGGGCAGGAUGGGGCACAGGGCGAGCCGGGCCCCAAGGGCGAGCCGGGCGACAAGGGCACAUGGGCCAGUAGCUUCCAAGCCCUGCUGCGGCAGCAGGCCCGCCUGGAGGUCCUGGCUAGAAGGGUCACCCUCCUGGAAGCCAUCAUCUGGCCAGAACCAGAGCCCGGCUCAGGCAGCGGCCCCGGGGGCUCACCGGCACCCCGCUCCCCCCGUGCCAAGCGUGGCCGCUCGCCCCCCACCCACCAGGCUCUCCCUGGCCAGCCCUAAGAGUGCAGCCCCGCUGUGUCCCCGCUGUGUACAUGGAGGUCCUGGUGCUACCCGGUGGCACUGCACCGGUCGGACCCCCCCAGCUUUGGCCCUGCUGCUCUGCACCCCAGUUUUGGGGGGGCAUGGGGCCCCCACGGCCACCCCAGUGCUCGGGGGGCUGCGUGCCGCGCGCUGUCCUGGCACUGCCUGGGCAUUAAAGGUGUCCCCAGA